CGUUAUUUAAGGGGCGCGCACGCGAGGGGCAACCUGCCCAUUACUACGAAGAGGCUGCGGUGGCCUGCUCAUCAUUCAACCACUUACCGGCACUGAAUGGAAGUUAGGAUAAUCUGACCACCAUGGAACAUGACAGAGUAGACACGGACUCUGGUGUCGUCCGUGACCAGAUGACAGAGUUCUGGAAGGAGCACUCCAAGGCUGCCACCGUGGAGGAGAUGAUGCUGGACUCUCGGGCCCAGGAGCUGACUCAGCAGGAGCUGCCGGAGAUUCUAUCCAUGCUGCCGGCGCUGGAUGGAUUCAGAGUGCUGGAGCUGGGCGCAGGCAUCGGUCGAUACACCAGACACCUGCUGGCCAGAGCUGCACACGUCACAGCUGUGGACUUCAUGGAAAGCUUUAUAGAAAAGAACAGACAGGACAACGGUCACCAUAGCAACGCGACUUUCAUCCAGGCUGACGUCACAAAGCUGGACUUCCCCGACAACAGCAUCGACUUCAUCUUCUCCAACUGGCUGCUGAUGUACCUGAGUGAUGAUGAGGUCAAAUCCUUUAUACAGAAGAUCCUUGCUUGGCUGCGGCCCGGCGGCUUCCUUUUCUUCAGAGAGUCCUGCAACCACCGCUCAGGUGACAUAAAGCGGGACUUGAACCCCACCUGCUACCGCACUGAGGCCCAGUACAGCCACCUGGUCACGUCACUGCAAGUGGAGGAGCCUGAGGCCGAACAGAAGUUCGGUUUUGACAUUGUGUUGAGGAAGAAAGUUCAAACCUACGUUGAGAUGAAAAACAACCCAAAUCAAAUCUGCUGGCUGUUAGAGAAGGUCCCUCGCUCCUCCAGCGCCCGGAACGGAUUCAGCACCUUCCAGCAGUUCCUGGACAACCAGCAGUACACCAGCCGCGGCAUCCUGCGCUACGAGAAGAUGUUCGGGGCUGGAUACGUCAGCACCGGCGGGCCCAGCACCACCAAGGAGUUUGUGGACCUGCUAAACCUAAGGCCCGGCCAGAAGGUCCUGGAUGUGGGCUGUGGCAUCGGUGGAGGAGACUUCUACAUGGCAAAGACCUUCGGCGUUGAAGUGCUCGGCCUGGACUUGUCGGACAACAUGGUGGAGAUCGCCAUGCAAAGGGCGGCCAAUGAGAAGCUACCAUCAGUCCAGUUCGAGGUGGCCGAUGCCACCAAGAGGUCGUUCCCCGAAGGCUCCUUCGACGUGAUCUACAGCAGAGACACCAUCCUGCACAUAGACGAUAAACUGGCUCUCUUCAAGCGCUUCCACUCGUGGCUGAAGCCCGGCGGCCAGCUGCUCAUCAGUGACUACUGCUGUGGGGAGAAGCCCUGGACGCCAGCGUUCGAGGCCUAUGUCAGUCAGAGAGGCUACGUCCUCUACACCCCAGCACAGUACGGCAGGUUCAUCGAAGAGGCAGGUUUCUGCAAAGUCCGGGCAGAGGAUCGGACGGCCCAGUUCAUGCAGGUCAUUGAGUCCGAGCUGCAGAGAGCAGAGGCCAUCAGGGGCGAAUUCACUGAGGAAUUCUCUGAGGAGGACUACUCAGCUAUAGUGAACGGAUGGAGGGAAAAACUGCAACGCUCCAACAGCGGAGACCAGCGAUGGGGACUGUUCCACGCAACCAAGGAAUGAGUGAAGAUCAAAGACAAUAAAAGGGAGAAUGAAA